AUCAUUCAUUCUUUCUCCAAAAACCUCUUUUCAAGCCGAAUUCAAGCUUAAAUCCAGUAAAAAAUUUUCGUUCUUUUCUUUACUCAGAACGAAGAUUUGAAGCAAAAAGAUUUUGUAAUUCAUUCAUGUCAUUCAUGUUCAUGCAAAUUCGUUGACACAUGCAGUGUGUAUUUUUUAAUUGUUUAAAUUAUUCUUUUGGGUCGGUGUUGAAGGAGGAACAUCAUUGAAUGCAGAAUCAUAAUUCGUGAUUGGAGGACUAGAAGAAGAAGAUGAAGCAUGGAAGCACGAAGUUCAGAUUAGCCAUGGAGAUUGAAACUCCAAAGGGUUUAGCAGUGUUCUUGUUAGUUUGUCUAAUCUUGGUCUUGAUUCAGUGCGCGGUGGCGCAGGGAGUUCCCCUGAGUUCGGCGACUGAACAUCAGGCAUUGCUCAAUCUCCGGUCGUCGUUGGGGCUUCGAGCGAGAGACUGGCCUAGAAAGGCCGACCCUUGCUCGCGGUGGACCGGGGUCUCCUGUACGAAUGGUCGAGUCAUAGGCAUCAACGUGUCCGGUUUGGAGCGGACCAGGAUUGGGCGACGCAACCCCAGCUUCAAUGCCAAUUCUUUGGUCAAUCUCACCAAGUUGGUUUCCUUCAAUGCUUCGGGGUUUUUCCUUCCGGGGCCCAUACCAGGGUGGUUUGGCAGCCGGUUGUCCACACUCCAGGUUCUUGAUCUCCGGUCUUGCGGACUCUCUGGCUCGAUUCCUGCUUCCCUUGGUAACUUGAGUAGACUCCAUUCUUUGUAUCUUUGUGACAACAAACUAGCUGGAAGCAUUCCUGAUGCAUUGUGGUCAAUGCCUAAGUUGCAGUUUCUUGAUUUAUCUAGCAAUAACUUAACUGGUGAAUUGACCAGUCAUGCUUCUAGUACCUAUAUCACUGCUGCGGUGUUCAAUCUCUCCAACAACUUCCUCUAUGGACCUUUGAACUUUCAAUUUGGGAUUUUUAAGUUCAUUGAUUUGUCUGGUAACUAUUUUGAAGGUGCAAUCUCAGAUGACAAUGUAACAAAUGCUGCCGUUGAUAAGAAUUGCCUUAAGGUUGUUGCAAACCAGAGGCCCUUCGAUGAUUGUAGACUGUUUUAUACUGAGAGAGGCUUACAUAUUGAUUAUUUUGAACCACCACCACAUCCAGGGAACAGGAAAAGGUGGAUUUUCAUCUUGGCAGGCGUAUUGGGUGGACUUGGCUUUGUUGCAAUUUUGGUACUGCUUCUGAUCCUGCUCCUGAGAAGAUGCAAUUGGCGAAUUACAAAUCAAAGUGGGAACCCAAAUGGAGGGCCAGUUCCAGAAGGUGAUAGUUCCCAGCUUCAAAAGUUUUCUGUCAUUGUAUCUGGCUCUGGAAAGCCAUUUACACAUGAGCAAUUGUUUCGUGCAACUGAAGGUUUUAGCGAGAUGUACCUUAUGAAACAUGGUCACUCUGGAGACAUUUUCCGGGGUAUAUUGGAGAGUGGGACUACCAUUGUUAUCAAAAGGGUCAGCUUGCCAUCUGUUGAGAAAGAAUCAUACAAAGUGGAAUUGGAUUUGUUCAACAAGCUUUUACACAUGAGAUUUGUUCCAAUCUUGGGCCACUGCUUGGAGCACGAGUAUGAUAAGCUCUUUGUCUAUAAAUAUAUGCCAAAUGGAGAUUUGGCUACUUUCUUUCACAGGACUACCAAUUCUGAGGAUGACAGCAUGCAGCCUCUGGACUGGAUUACAAGGUUGAAAAUAGCAAUAGGGGCUGCUGAAGGCCUUUCUUACUUGCAUCAUGAGUGCAACCCUCCACUUGUUCACAGGGAUGUUCAAGCAAGCAGUAUCCUUCUUGACAAUAAAUUUGAAGUGAGACUCGGAAGCUUGAGUGAAGUUUGUGUCCAGGGAGGGGAUUCACAUCAAAACGUGCUCACGAGGUUCAUGCAGAAGCCACAGACCUCUGAGCCAGCCCCUUCAGGCCAAUCUCCAGCAAACUGUGCCUACGACGUGUACUGUUUUGGGAAAGUAUUACUUGAGCUUAUAACAGGAAAGCUUGGCAUCAGCAGGACAGAUGAUGCCUCCACAAAGGAGUGGUUGGAACAGACAUUGGCUUGCAUCAGUCUCAAUGACAAAGAAUUAGUGACCAAGAUCAUGGACCCUUCUUUAAUUGUAGAUGAAGAUCUACUGGAAGAGGUAUGGGCAAUGGCAGUUGUGGCCAAAUCAUGCCUCCACUCCAAGCCUUCAAAACGACCCCCAAUGAAACACAUUCUCAAAGCGUUGGAAAAUCCAUUAAAAGUUGUCCGAAAGGAGAGUUUCAGCUCCUUGAUUCUCAGAACAACGUCAUCCAGGAAAUCUUGGAAUGCUACGAUAGUGGGCAGUUGGCGGCAAAACUCAUCAGGGAGUGGUAAUGUUCUUGGCCAUACGAAUAAAGAGAGUGUAGGAGGGUCGAAGCAGUUAAAGAGAACAGGCACUCAGAGCAGUAGUGGAAAUAUUGACCGCUCAUCUUCACAUAAAAGGUUAUCAAAUGAAGUUUUCCCAGAACCAACGGAUGUGCAAGAAAUGGAAGGGCCAGCUGAGCAUUAGCAGAAAGGGUGUUCGCUCCUAAUUGGUUUUAUUGGCAUCCUGCUCUAGUUCUGGCAUCUCAGUUAUAGUGGCCCAGCUAUUAUCAAGAUGUUCUGACGAAGGUAAUUUGGUGGCGUUGGUUCAAAUUCAUGCCCAAUAAAAAGAGAGAUGGGACAGAGUAUCAUCCGGCUGAUUCUUCUAGUACAUUUUAAAGCUUGUAUAAUGUCAUAGGCUCAUAUGCAAAUUUUCACUGUAAUCUCCACCAGCCUAUCGUUCCCUCCGACCUACUUUCACCCCCACUCCCCCAAAAAGUCCAAAUCCCCAACCCGUUCAUACUUCAUACCCUUUUCCUCCAACCACCAUACCCACUCCACCACCACCUAACACAACCAUUCCACACCGAUGUCACCCUCCAAACCACUGCCUUCCACCAAUCCAGAAGAAUAAAAUAAUAAUAAUAAUAACGACGACGACAACCUACUGUUUGUAGC